UCCCAGGUGAAUUUAGGGGAGCGUUUAAAGAACCGGGACUGGGUGCUGAGAGUUGGAGUCGCUUGUGGCGGAAUCGGCGCUCUUCAGGUCUUCUGCCAGCUAGUUUGUAACUGGUUUUUGUGUCAUUGGCACCUUUUUCUUUACACAAUGGAAUUUCCAGACUUGGGAAAGCAUUGUUCUGAAAAAUCUUGCAAGCAGCUGGAUUAUCUUCCAUUAAACUGUGCCGCAUGUAACAAAGUCUUCUGUAAAGCUCAUGUUCAAUUGGAGCAGCAUAAAUGCAGUGCUUCAUAUAAAAAGGAUGUUCGGGUCCCAGUAUGUCCACUUUGUCAUGUCCCUGUUCCAGUAGGACGGGGAGAAACCGCAGAUGUUGUGGUUGGACAACAUAUGGAUAAAGACUGUAAAUAUAACCCAGCUGGGGAGAAAAAGAUUUUCGUACACCGGUGCUCAAAGGAGGGGUGCAAGAAGAAAGAAAUGUUUGAGCUGCUUUGUGACCAGUGUAAUGACAAUUUUUGUAUUAAGCACAGGCAUCCUUUGGAUCAUAACUGCAAACAUAUUGACCAUCCCAUCUCCAGAGGAGGGUGUGCAGCUAUAAUGAGAGCUUCUGAAUCAUCUGGAGCUUCAAACAAAUUAUCUUCCAGUUGGCUAGCUCAGCGAUUAAGAGGGAAACAAAAGAGUUGAUGAUCAUUUGACAUUCCCAGUCUUUAUCACCUGGCAAGGAACGAUUCUGUGCAUUUUUAUAUAAUUUAAAGUAAUGUGGGCUUUCCCACAAAAUCUAAGUUAUUUCCUUUUAACUUUUAUCUGAAAACAUUUUCUUAAUGUUUCUCAGGGAUAACUGAAACUUUUAAUUAAAAUUUUGUUUUAAAUUAAGUCAUGCAAUCAACUGCAUCAGUUCUCCUUAGAAACAGAAGUGCCUUUAAAUUG